AUGGCUGAUAUCGAUCUGAAUGCCGCUGCUCUGAACCCUCCUAACGGUACCGAACAGAACCUUGACAAUUCCCCAAACCACAAAGAUGUGACCAUUGCUGUUUAUACCAUAUCUAUUGCGAUCGCCUCUAUCUUUAUAAUCAUCCGGCUCUAUACCAAAUUCGUUUUCUUGAAGGCCCCGCGAGCUGAGGACUAUAAGUUUUUCCUAUUUCUAGGUAUCCUACUCCGAAUGAUUGGUACCACCGGACAAUUUAUCCAUCAGUGGAAUUUUCGUGUUGGAGGCUUAGCCCCGUUCUAUCAUAAAGGAUUAUACGCAACUAGUAUACUGUAUGAUGCUGUGAGGCUGACUAUAAAACCGCUCAUCUUAUUUAAGUGGGUUCAUAUAUUCGCGUCAGCUGGUCCACGCAACGCUUUUGACUGGACUUGUUACACCCUUGCCACUAUCAACACCCUCGUCUUCGUUAUCGACAUAUGGAUCAACGCUGCAACCUGUACCCCGCGGGAGUAUUGGUGGGAUAAGACGAUAUCAGGCCAUUGUGCCGAUGUGAGGCCACUUGAAAUCGCCGUAGGAGUCUUCAACGCCAUCCUAGACCUCUUUAUCCUAUUACUCCCCCAGGGAAUCAUUUGGAAGUUGCAGCUACCUAGGACCAAGAGGAUCGGACCAUCACACGAACAAUUUUUAUCGAUUAUUCUCACCACAUUGGGUGAUACUACCUACCACUUCUCGCAAGUGGGUAUUAUAAGCAUAAUCGAGAUGACUGCCGCAAUUCUUGUCUUCACAACCCCCACUGUCCCAAAGCCGAUAACCUAUCCAGCUAAACAGGCUAGCAGCUGGUUCGGUCGACUAAUCAGAUGGAAUCGUAGUGGUUUCCCCCACGAAUCUGGUAACACAGGUUUGAAGAGGAAUAUCUAUUAUCAUAUUGAGGAGCAGGACAACUCAUGGCCUAUGAUAAAGCUAAGGGCGUGACAGAGACAUAUAGGUCCUGAACGAAAGAUAGAGUCUCAAUUAUAUCUCCCUAAAUAAUCAAGUAUACAUAUUGUGUGCAAGUUUAUAAACAAUGGGUACUUUAUAACAAGCAUUCUUAACGAGGACGCUAAAUGGUGGUGUGUUCCAAUCAAUGCUUUUGUACUUUUUUGUAUUUGUCC